AUGUGGUCAGGUUCUGUUCCUGCUUUUGAAGAAUUUGUGAAGGCUCUCAAUGACAACAACAUCAAUCUGAAACUAACUCAUGUUAUUGAUGAGCAUGAAUUAGUUUUUUUAGAUCUUAAGAUUUUGCUACAACAAGACGGGACUAUCCAAACAGAACUAUUUAGGAAAGCCACCUCGACUAAUAGUCUGUUACACUGGGAUAGUCACCAUCCAUAUAAAUUAAAAGCUUCCAUUCCUUAUGGACAGUAUCUACGAGCAUGGCGCAACUGCUCGGUUGACCAAACCUUUUACGAUGAAUGCAAAAUAUUAAGAUCGCGCUUUAAGGAACUUGGUUACCCGAACCGAGUUUUAAAAAGGGCAUUCCAGCGGGUCAGCGGAACACAAGUAAUCGAUGUUAUCGAGCAAGGAGCAGGGGCACACCCAGAUGGUCCCCAGAUUCCAGUUGCUUCUGAUAGUGAUUCAUUCUCCUCACCAGAUGAGGACAAGUUAGCCACUUUUGAGAAACAACUCGAAGAUGAGUACAAAGUUAAGAGCGAAGCAGAAAAGCUGAUAAAGGCGUAUUCUACCGACCGCUCCAAAGAUCAGAAACAUCUCAGUGAUGCUCAGAAAAUACUCCAUGACAGCAAAAGAAAAAUAGAAAUUUUGCGCAUGUUGAUUCUCCAACAUAAAGAAACACCUACAAUAAGUCCAUUGGAGAAACGCAUUGAGGAGUUGAGCCACCGAUUUGCGAUCGAGCGUGCCGUGGCUGAAGGAGCCAAACAUGCCACCCAGAAAUUGGAUGGAAAGCCGCUUGUUGAGGCACAAUCAAUACUACAGGCGUCAAAUGAAAAGCUGGACCUCCUUAAAUAUUCCUUGCAGGAACGAGUGAAAGAACUUCCUGAUGGCCACCAUAGGAAGAGUAUAACCACCGAGGAACUGUCCCUUGGUUCAGUCAAAUCCAAGUCCAUAGCACUAACCGGUACUCUGAAAGUGCGAGUAAAGGGCUGUCACGGUAUUCUGGAGAAUGUACCUGGCAGACUAAAGGACCCGUCAGAUGUUCUCCCUGGCAGGAGUCCACGUCGAGGAAGAUUCUUAUUAAUGAACCGGAUCAGAAGAAACAACCGUGGCAGCAAUCAGAACAUCCAGGAGACUUUUGACUUUUCUAAAUACAGGAGAUUAGACUCCUUUGAUGAAAGCAAACCUCUAGAGCUUUGUGUAAAGCUAAUAGAUGAACCUUUAUAUUGUGAAGUCCGUACUCAGCUGAAGAUCGAUCAUAUUCCAGUGGGUUCAACAAGUUGGAAAACUGUUUCUAACCCAUCCUGGAAUAAGACAUUUAAACUGGAUUUAGAUAAGUCUCGGGAGCUAGAAAUAUCCUUAUAUUGGCAUGAUCAGAGAUCACUGUGUGCCACAAAGACUCUGAAGUUGGAAGAAUUCCUGUUGAACCCCAAACAGGAACUGUGUCUACAACUGGAACCACAGGGCACCCUUUUCAUCAAGGUGACGUUUUCCAGUCCUUUCACCCAGAAAAGGCCAAAGCUUCAAACAAUUAAGAAAUUAAUCUCCUCAAAACAAGAGGAGACCACCGAACCAGCUCCACUGGAGGAUGCAGCUAUUGAUGCUCAUUCGCUGCCAGAAUCGGAUACUGAGAGCGUGGAUUCAUCGGCGCCGGCUGUGGAUACUGAAACGGAAAAGACCAUCCAGCCAGCUCCAGAAGAAGAUGUUGUUACUGACAAUCCUAUAUUGCCAGUAGCCACUGAGAGCAUGCGUCCAUUAACACCUGAUGCUGAUACCAUUACAGAAGAGACCUUCCAACCACCUCCAGUGGAAGCUACAACUAUUGACAAUGUACCAGCAGUGGACACUGAGAAUGUGGAUUCAACACUACCAGCUAUCAACACCAUUAGUACAGAAACUAUCCAACCACCUCCAGUGGAAGCUAGAAUUUUUGACAAUGCUCCACUGCCAGUAGCAGUAGAGGACUCUGUGAGCAUGGAACCAUUACCACCAGCUAUUGUAAGCUUGCUAGAAAUGACAAUCCAACCAGCUCUAGAAGUUGAUUUAGUUACUGACCCUACUCCAUUGCCAGUAAAGGACACGGACAGCGUGGAGCCAUCGGUGCCAGCUGUUGAUGAAAUUACAGAAAAGACAAUUCAACCAGCUGCAGAGGAGGAUGCAGCUAUUAAUCCUCAAUCACUACCAGUAGAGGACUCUGAGAGCAUGAAGCCAUUGCUGCCAGCUGACGAUGAAGAUACAAAAAAGACAAUCCAACCACCUCCAGAGGAGGAUGCAGCUAUUAAUCCUCAAUCACUACCAGUAGAGGACUCUGAGAGCAUGAAGCCAUUGCUGCCAGCUGACGAUGAAGAUACAGAAAAGAUAAUCCAACCAGCUCCAGAGCAGGCUGUAGUAAUUGACACGCCUCAAGUGUCAGCAGUGGACAAUAAGAAAGUGGAAUCAUCACCACCUGGUGCUGCUACUGAUAUGGAAAAAAACAUCCAAACAUCAACAGAGAAAGAUGCAGUUAUUGAUAUUGAUAACAUUGCAGAAGAAACCACUGGACCACCAAAGGGUUUAGUUCGUGACGCUGUUCCAUUGGCAGAAGCAGAUGUGGAAAAUCCAUCAUCAUCAGCUGGUAUUCAGCAAGGAGCUCGGCUGAGCAUUCAGGAUUUUGAUUGUCUCUGUGUGCUGGGAAGAGGAGCAUUUGGAAAGGUGGGUUAUGGUGUGAAUUCCACUUUCAAUAUAAAAGGUGUCAAGAUAAAUGCUAGGCUUAUAUGUGAAAAGGAAAUCCUACAGACUGUGAGCGAAGUACAGCAUCCUUUCCUUGUUAACAUGUUGGCAAGCUUCCAGACUCAGGGUCAUUUUUGUUUUUUAAUGGAGUAUGCCGCUGGUGGGGACUUAAUGACCGAUAUUAGGAACAACAACUUUCAGCCAUUUUCCACAACCAGAGCUGUGUUUUAUGCGGCGUGUUGUGUGCUCGGCCUGGAUUUCUUGCAUCAAAACGAUAUUGUUCACAGAGAUCUCAAAUUGGAAAACAUUGUAAUUGACAUAGAUGGAUUUGCCAAAAUUACAGACUUUGGUCUUAGUAAACAAGGGAUGGGAUAUGGAGAACAAGACAGAACAUAUUGUGGCACCCUGCAUUACAUGGCACCGGAAAUGGUUUGCGGUAAACCAUACACAACAUCUAUUGACUGGUGGAGUCUCGGUGCAGUUAUUUAUAUAAUGCUGUGUGGAAUGCUUUUGCAUAAAGAUCCCAAAGUCCGUCUAGGAGCCAGCGAGAAUGAUGCCUGGGAUCUGAAGAGCCACCCUUUUUUUAAACAAAUAGACUGGUUCGCAUUAUUGUUUAAGAGUGUCAGGCCGCCAUGCGUACCAUCCAUCGAGGGACCAGACGACGUCCGCUACUUUAAUAGAAUGUACACAUCAUGCGCCCCCAUUCUGACACCGCCAGGCGAGUCUGAGUCACUAUCUGAUGUAGAGCUGGAGCUAUUCAAAGAUUUUGACUGGGUUUCCGAUAGGAUUUAA